AUCGACAAAAUAAUUUCGGCAGAUUGUUGUGCUUUGAGCGGUGAAGAAUGGGCGCAUAGACGCCAGAUGUUCGGUUAGCCGACGUCUGUUGGCGGCACUGUAGCCGUUAUCACGUCUCCGCAGUGCCCACGACCGUUGGUAGAGUCCGCUAGGUGUCGCCACCGCCGUAGUCAUGUUUUCGUUUGUCGGUGGCGGUCCCCGUACGUGAGUGCGCGCGCGUGUUGUGCCGUAGUGAUUGUAUGUGUGUUUGUGUGUGUGUGUGCGUGUGUGAGUGUUAUAUACUCUAUAAUAUCCCUUAUGUCCCUUCCGCUCUUUAUCGUAAACAAAAUUAUCGGUUUUUUCCGCUGUCCCCGAAGUUGUACCAGGAACCGAACCAGAGAACAACAAUUAUUGCACACGGUCUGAUCACUGACAGCAACCCGUGUGCCCCGCGUAUUUGGAUUAUUGUGUGACGAACACAGACGGCUUAGUGCCGGUUACAUUUCAAACGAUACACGAAAUCGGAGCUUUGUGUCGAAGGGACCGCCGAGAUGUCUUAAUUACUUUGACACUGUUUCAGUGUGGUACACUUAUUUACUAAACGAUUCUUCAUUCGGCUGACGAUGUGUUCGAGCAGCUCUUGGCAAGCACUGGUCACCACAGUGUUGUUGGCCUGUUCAGCAGUCUGCGCGUUCCCUUCCGGCGCCAAUUUCUCCGCAUUUUCAUUUAUCCAAUACUUGACACAACCUCCGACGCUGACAGUGAAGCCGAGACCACAGCAGGCGAAGAGCAACGGUGUGGCGUCUUUUUACUGUGGCGCGCGCGGUGACCCUCGGCCAACUAUCUACUGGCGAAAGAACUUCAAAAAGGUAUCGACAUCGCUGAGCCGGUACGAGAUCGUUGACAAGGUAGUCGGCGAUAGUGAGACUGGUUCGGUGUUGCGAAUCGAGCCGACUCGGGCACCUCGGGACAAUGCAGUCUACGAAUGUUUUGCCGAGAAUGGCGUGGGUGACGCGGUUAGCGCAAACGCCAAGCUCGAAGUAUACGAUGAAAAAGAUUUGCCCGUCGGUUUUCCGGUGAUUACCGAGGGCCCGGGAACUCACAAAUCUAUUGAAGUGGGCCAUAACGCUGUGUUGCAAUGCACCGCCACUGGUACUCCGCAGCCAGCCAUCUAUUGGCUUCGAGAUAGUAUGCGACUGGACUUGGACACAAACCCGAGAUACUCGAUUCUCGACAAAGGAUUUCCAGGUGCUUUGCAAAUAAGUGACAGUCAAGAAACGGACCAAGGCAAAUAUGAAUGCGUGGCUGAGAACUCUGUGGGCACACAACAUGCUACGACUAUGCAACUGUGGGUCAGAGUUCGUCGAGUGCCGCCACAGUUUUCCAUCCCCCCGCCCACUAUGGAGAAGGUGAAAGUCGGUGAAAACAUCAGCAUACCCUGCGUAGCUGUCGGUUCGCCGAUGCCGUACGUAAAAUGGCGCAAAGGAAAGACAACCGAACUCUCGCCCGAAGACAAACUGCCUGUGGGACGGAACGUGUUGAACUUGACCAAUGUUGAGGUUUCAGAUAAUUACACGUGUAUAGCGGCUUCGUCUCUAGGCAUGAUUGAAGCGACGACUUUCAUUAAAGUCUUGACGCUGCCCAGUCCGCCAAUCGACGUCAAAGUGUCGGACGUGACGUCCACAUCUGUCAAACUGAGCUGGUCGCACCCCAACCCAGAUGAUAUUCAGUACUACACAAUAUCACACAAACCCAAAUCGGCAUCUCAGUCGCCGGGCGUUAUUAGCGGCGUGGUCACCAUGUACUACACGAUACGACCGCUGAGCCCUUAUACCCAAUACGAGUUCACCAUAUCGGCCGUCAACGGGUUCGGUCACGGGCCUCCGUCGCCGCCCAUCGUGGCCACCACCGGAGAGACAGCGGGCCUAUCUGCUUUUGGUGAAGGUGCAAAGCCUGGAUCCGCACCACGGAAUAUUCAAGUGCGUUUGCUCAGCUCGAGUACGAUGGUCAUACAAUGGGAAGAACCCGAGACGCCGAACGGUCAAGUGAUUCGGUAUAAGGUGUACUACACUGUGAAUCCGGACCAACAGUUAUCAUCGUGGAAUACUAUGGUAGUUGACAACAAUCAGCUGACCACCAUCAACGAACUGACACCUUUAUCCGUUUACACCAUUCGAGUGCAAGCAUUCACAAGCGUGGGACCUGGCCCUCUUUCUUCGCCAGUUCAGGUUAAAAUGCAACAAGGAGUGCCCAGUCAACCAAGAGACUUACGAGUGAAUGAAAUUGGCGAAACGUCUAUUGGACUCCAAUGGGCUAAACCCAAUCAAGUUGGCGAACAAAUUCUCAGCUAUGAACUCUACUGGAACGAUACAUAUGCCAAGGAAAAACAUCAUCGCCGCAUACCGGUGUCGGAGAAUUAUUCGUUGACCGGACUUUAUCCAAACACGCUAUACUACGUGUGGCUGGCGGCAAAAUCACAACGUGGUGAAGGAGCACCAACGCCGCCGAUCCAGGUCCGGACUAAACAAUACGUGCCCGAAGCGCCGCCGCAGAAUGUAACCGCUGAGGCCGUCAGCCCCACGUCGAUCUUGGUCCAGUGGCAGCCUCCUAUGUCCGAUCGGAGCAACGGCCAGAUAAUCUACUACAAGGUGAUGGCUGCAGAAAGCGGAAUGUCCGACUCGGAUGCCGCACCAUACCGGGUGGAAAACGUUACUGCAUACACGCUGGAAGGCCUGAAACGGUGGACCGAGUACAAGAUUUGGGUGCUGGCGGGCACGUCCGUCGGCGACGGCCCGUCCUCUUUCCCGAUAACGGUUCGCACCCGCGAAGACGAAUUGAAUAUGCCAGGACCUCCUACCGACGUCAAAGUGCUGCCCGUCAACUCGACGACAAUACACGUGCAGUGGCGACCGCCCACCGAAGAGGACCGUCACGGCAUCAUCAGAGGCUAUCACAUACACGUCCAAGAAGCCAAGCCCGAGGGCAACGCGUUGCUUAACGAACCUUUAAGAUUUGACGUUACGGAUGCACUGGAGAGCAACGUCACCGGCCUACAACCAGAUACCCUGUACGCGAUCCAAGUGGCGGCUAUAACUCGCAAAGGCGACGGCGAUCGCAGUUUUCCGGCAAAAAUCAAAACGCCGGGUGGUGUACCCGUCCGACCCGUCGUAAACCUCAAGGUUCUGGAACGAGAACCAAAAGUCAACAUCGAAUUAGAGUGGACCAGACCGACGAACACAUACGGCGAACUAUUAGGAUACAAAUUGCGUUACGGGAUCAGGGGACAAGAAAUGUUUGAGAUCAUGAUGACCGAAAACAAGAGGCGCAUCACCGAUUUAGAACGCGGCGUUGAGUACGAAUUUCACAUAUCCGGACAAAACCAAGUGGGCUUUGGCCAAGAAGCUACUGAGUACUUCAACACUCCCGAAGGCCCUCCUACUGGUCCGCCGAUAAACGUUUCGUACGAAUUUCAAACACCUGACGUUGUUUGUGUCGUGUGGGAUGAACCGUCUCGCGAACACCGUAACGGACAGAUUAUCCGUUACGACGUACAAUUUCACAAAAAGAUCGAUCAGUCUACCAUCACACAUAGAAAUACCACAUUGAAAAAGGCUGUAUUUUCUGGAUUAGAAGAAGCUACUGAAUAUGUUGUCACCGUUAGAGCGGUGACUGCUGAAGGUGAAGGGCCAUGGAGUCCACGUAUGACCAUAAACACUACCAGAGAAAUGGUUCGUGCUCCUAUGGGUGUUAAAGCCGUAGCAACAUCCGAUCAAAGUAUACAAGUGUGGUGGGAAGCUGUUCCAGUGCGAGUAAAAAUCAAUGGUUAUCGUAUUUACUAUACAAUGACAGCAGUAGAAGAUCUCAACCAAUGGAAUGUAAAAGAUGUCCCUGCCACUGAAUCUACAGAUCUUGCUAAUCUUGAAAAAUUGGCACAAUAUGCUAUAGCCGUAGCAGCCCGCAUCGAUAGUGGUUUUGGAAGACUGUCUGAAAAAAUCACUGUCAUUGUAAAACCAGACGAGGUACCAUUGAACUUGCGUGCAUCAGAUGUAAGCACACACAGUAUGACAUUAUCAUGGACACCGCCUAUAAAAUUAAAUCCAAUCGGGUACAAGAUCUCAUUUAAUGCAGUUAAAGAAUUCAGAGAUUCACAAGGUGUUACUCAGUUACAAAUGGUACCAACUCGAGUAAUAGAAUUGGACAAAUAUGUUUUGAGCCAUACAAUCGAUGAAUUAUCACCAUUUAUAAGCUAUGCUGUAAAUGUUAGUGCUGUACCGUCUGACCGUAGUUAUAGACCCCCUUCAAGAAUCACAGUUACCACUCAAAUGGCCGCUCCUCAACCAAUGGUUAAACCUGAUUUUUUCGGCGUCGUAAAUAUGCAGAAAAUACACGUUAUAUUACCUCAAGCAUCAGAAGAAUAUGGUCCAAUUUGUCAUUAUUAUGUAGUAGUUGUUCCAGAAAAUCCAGAUACUGCGCUUAUGAAUCCAGAUGAGUUUUUAAAUCAUAAACUUGUUGAAAUUUCCCAACAAGAGAUAUUAGCUGAGGGUGAGCCAUACAUUGCAGCUAAAUUUCCUCAUAGAACCAUACCGUGGACAUUUUAUCUAGGCAAUGGUGAAACAUAUGACGGAUUCCACAAUCGAAAACUUGACCAAAAUGUGAAGUACAGAAUCUUUGUUCGAGCAUUCGUUGACACCCCACAAAAACAUUUAUACACAUCAAGUCCAUUCUCUGAACCCAUAUCAUUAGAAAUGCGUGAGGUCGGCCCUGAAGAAGUACCUAAGCGACCUGAAUUACGAGAUAUGAACCUUCCUAGCAACACGGGUUCCAGUGGAACAUCAAAUGAUCAUGUUAGUGUCAGAAGCAGCGCCACUCCACCUGGACUUUUAUGGCUGGUUGGACCCGUAAUUGCCGCAAUAUUGCUGACUGCUGCACUAAUUUUAUUGUUUGUGGUUAAGAAGCGCCGCCGGCCGAGCAAGUACGGCGAGACGUCGGGCGUGACGAAACCGCUGAUCGGCAACUCGCACCCCAACAACGACCCGGUGGAACUGCGCCGGUUACAGUUCCAGACGCCGGCGAUGGUGUCGCACCCGCCGGUGCCCAUCAACUAUCUAGCGCAGCACAUCGACCUGCUGAAGGCCAACGACAACUUCAAGUUCUCACAGGAAUACGAAUCGAUCGAACCGGGCCAGCAGUUCACGUGGGACCACUCGAACAUGGACGUCAACAAGCCGAAGAACCGAUACGCGAACGUGAUCGCGUACGACCACUCGCGAGUGGUGCUGCAGCCGCUCCCUGACGGGCCGCCGGGCAGUGACUACAUAAACGCCAACUACUGCGACGGUUACCGCAAGCACAACGCAUACGUGGCCACGCAGGGCCCACUGCAGGAGACGGCCGGCGACUUUUGGCGCAUGUGCUGGGAGGUGCGCACGUCCACCAUCGUCAUGAUGACCAAGCUGGAAGAACGGACGCGGGUCAAGUGCGACCAGUACUGGCCGGCGCGCGGCUCGCAGACGUACGGACCAAUCACGGUGACGCUAGUCAGCGUCCAGGAGCUGGCCACGUACGUGGUCCGGUCGUUCCACCUCACCCGGACCGGCGACGUGGAGACGCGCGAGGUUAAGCAGCUGCAGUUCGGCGCGUGGCCCGACCACGGCGUGCCCGAUCACCCGGCACCGCUGCUGCAGUUCAUGAAGCGCGUGCGGGCCGUCAACCUGGUCGAGUCCGGCCCGGUGGUGGUGCACUGCAGCGCGGGCGUGGGCCGCACCGGUUGUUUUAUCGUCAUCGACGCCAUGCUGGAACGGGCCAAGAACGAGCACAGUGUCGACAUUUACGCGCACGUCACGUGCCUCAGAGCCCAGCGCAACUACAUGGUCCAGACCGAAGAACAAUAUAUAUUCAUACACGACGCUCUCUUGGAAGCCGUCACAUGCGGUGAAACCGAAGUGUCCGUGCGUAACUUGCCCAUGCACAUUCAACAGUUGUCACAGAUGGACGCCGGAACGACGGUCACCGGAAUGGAACUUGAAUUCAAGAAAUUAACAUUGGUCAAAAGCGAAUUCUGUCGAUUUGUCAGCGCCAGUCUGCCCGUGAACAAGCCGAAAAACCGUUUAGUGCACCUGUUGCCGUACGAGAACACUAGGGUGUGCUUGAGCGGCGGGUCGUCUCGAGGCCUGGAAGGAUCGGAUUACAUAAACGCCAACUUCAUAGACGGGUACCGGCAACGGGGAGCUUACAUCGCGACCCAGGGACCGCUGCAGAUCACCACCGACGAUUUCUGGCGCAUGUUGUGGGAACACAACUCCACUAUUGUGGUCAUGCUCACCAAACUGCACGAGUUGGGAAGGGAGAAGUGCUAUCAAUACUGGCCAUCCGAGCGAUCCGUCCGGUACGACACGUUCGUCGUCGAGCCCAUUACCGAAUACAACAUGCCGCAGUACAUUCUCAGAGAGUUCAAGGUAACCGACACGAUCGACAACGGUUCGCGGACCGUCAGACAAUUCCAGUUCACCGACUGGCCGGAGCAGGGCGUGCCCAAGUCGGCCGAAGGGUUCAUAGACUUUAUCGGACAGGUGCACAAGACGAAAGAGCAGUUCGGCCAAGAAGGUCCGAUCACCGUUCAUUGCAGUGGCGGCGUGGGAAGGACGGGCGUGUUCAUCUCACUGAGCAUCGUAUUGGAGCGGAUGCAAUGCGAGGGCGUAAUCGAUCUUUUCCAGACGAUCAGGAUUCUACGGACACAACGUCCGGCUAUGGUUCAAACGGAGGAACAGUACCAGUUCUGUUAUCAAGCGGCCCUCGAGUACUUGGGAUCGUUCGACCAGUAUUCCGACUGAGACAGGCCAGACGUGUUCACCUACACUGAGCACGCGGUUUGAGAAAAUAAUACAAUUUCGUUACGUUUACAACGCGCACGUGGACUACCGGAACGCCGCCGUCGCCGCCACAUAGACUAUUAUUAUUAUUAUUAUUAUUAUUACUAUUACAAUUAUUAUUAUUAUUAUUUUAGUCUGCUGUAUAUAUAUAUAUACACAUAAUGUAUGUAUAGUUAUAUAAUAGUCUUAAAAGCACUCGCACACGAGUUAGUGUUUGCAGUGUGUCCGUCUGUUGUCGUAAAAAUCUAGUCUCGAAACACAUCACAUACACACAAUAAUUCUCUCACACUAACUACGAUCGCACAUUCACACACGCGCGUAUCGCGUUUGGGGGGGGGGGCGGGGGUAUUAAACGCCUUUAUUAUGCCUCGCCGUGCGCGUGCUUUUCAUGUUGUAUUGAUAAUUAAUCGAAUAUUAUGCAAUGUACAGUACGCGUGAACGCGGUCGGCCGCUCCUUUUGUACUUAACAAUACCUAUCUACUGUCUCGAUACUCUUAUUCUACAUUGUGUCGUUUUCGUCUUGCCCGACUCGCGUAGCAGUGACAGCGACACCAUCACCUGUUCCCCGACCGUUGGCGAGAUCGCGGUGGCAAUUACUACUACCUACCUACAAUAUUAUAACGGUUAACUUUACCCCCUUAUAACGAUGCGGUACCGUCGUGCAACCGACUAUUACCGUUACGAUCUUAUUUUAGGCAUAAAUCGUUUUUUUUUUAUGUAUAAUGAAAUGUUAUAUACAAGUGUGUGUGUGUACUGUGUAUGUAUCGAAGUUUUUUCUAGGGAUCGUGUAUAGACCGAAAACAUUCGUAACGUGUAAAUUUAGACAAUUUUUAAACUCAUAGUGACUCGAUAUCGUUGUAUAAAAUCAAUCCAUCGACUGAUGUAUUUAAGGAUAAUACCUUUUUGUGUUCCACGGUUAAUUUUAUACUUAUAUAUUAUUUGUAAUAUUAUUAUUUUUAUUAUUAUUUUUUACUUUUUUAACUUCUAUUUAAGUUAGAUUUUAUUUUAUUAUUAUUAUUAAUCUGAGUUGGAGGUUACCGUUCUUCGUCCGACUUUUUUUUUUUUCGUCCUUUUGUACUACCCAUUUCUACUAUUAUUUUUAUAUGAAUAUUAUUUGUAUGCUUUUUUUAAUUAUUUAUUUUUUAUUUUAAUUUGUUAUCAUCCCCUCUCCCCACCCGGAGGAUAUUUUAACCGACAAUGAACAUCACUUUUGCGUUAAAUAUUUGUACUAAUUUUUUUUUUUUAAUUUUUGUAAAAAAAAAAAAAAACAAAAAAAGACAAUAUUAUACAAACGUGCCCGUCCUCGAGUAUAAGCGUGUUA